AUGGAUUGGUUCAUAUCGUUUUAUGUUACGGGUAAUGCUUGUCGAAAUACUGACUUAAUUGACGCAUUAGAUCAUAUGUAUCCAGAUCGAUAUAAAUGCAUAACAGACAGAAAUGAAUUGAUGGAUAAAAUUGAAGAUUCAAAACAAAUGAUCAAUAAUAGUCUAAAUCAGAGACAAAUGUAUAUUUUUAUUGUUGAUUCGUUUGACAAUGAUGAUGAUUAUUUAUUAAAACGUGAUCAAGAUUUAUAUAUCAUUAGUUCAGAAUUAGUUUCGAUAUAUGUAGAAAAGAAAAAAGUAAGAAAGAAUGCUAUCAAAGAUGUUCCCGUACCAAAAUUAAAUAGACCACUCUAUUGUGAACAUUUAUCAUCAACUGUUAUUUGUUUUGUAGCUUUUCGUGAUCAAGAUAAAUUGCAACGUUUAUGUGAUUAUGUACAUUAUCUUGGCGGAAGUGUUAGAAAAGAUUAUUCUGAUCAGAUAACACACGUUGUAGCACAUGCAAAUUUGGGUGAAAAAUAUCUUACAGCAUUUAAUAUGGAACGUAGUGAAAUCGUUACAGAAGAAUUUAUAACAAACUGUUGGCAAGAACGUAAUAAUCGUUUGUUUGAUCAUCGAAAUAUUGUUGAAAAAUAUCGAACAAAAUCGUUUCAUAAUCUUCGAUUAUUCUUUUAUGGUUUCACAAAUGAUGACGAUAGAAAAAAUAUGGAAAUGUUAACAGUACAAAACGGUGGUUAUAUAACAUCAUAUUUGACCGAUGCAACACAUAUUGUUAUAUCGGAUGAUUGUGAAACAUCUUUUACAGAAACGUAUCCUGAUUAUGUCAAACAACCAAGACAGUAUUGUGUUAUAGCACAAUGGUUUUGGGAAUGUAUUUUACUAGUUGGAAAAGCUGAUGAAUCAGCUUAUCGUGCAUUUCCUCGUAAAAAUCAAGAUAUUAGUAUACAAAACACUAUUUCCCCUUCAAUUACAUUUUGUUCAACACCGCCCACAUCACAAUCACAAAAUAUUACUCGAAAACGUCGUGGACAACAUAACCAAUUUGAGAAUAGUACUAUAACACCACAUAAACGUCGAUCAAUUGAAAACAAUUUGGAAAACAAUAACAGUUAUAAUAAUAUGUUUAUAUCGCCAAUGUUGAAUUUGAGUAAAUCAUUGAACGAUGAUGGUAGUCCAGACAAACGAAAAAAAGACAAUCGGUGUUUAAGUAUAAUGGAAUUAUAUGAAACAGAACGAAACUAUGUGAUGAUGUUGAAAAAUAUAAUUUCUAUUUAUAAAACUGAAGUUGAAAAAGAAUCUGAUAGAAAUGGACCAAUAUUAAAUCCAAUUGAAAGUUCGUUUUUGUUUGGUAAUAGCCAAGCAAUUUAUGAUUUACACAUUGAAAUAUGUUCAAAAUUAGAACAAUUAAUAACAUUAUCAACGCAAAGUGUUGGAACAAUUUUUAUCGAUAGUUCUGUUAAAAUAUUGAAAGUAUAUGAACCAUAUACAAAAUUUUAUGAUAAAACUGUGGAAACAAUACGUUAUUUAGAAAAAACGAAUACACGAUUUUAUGCGUAUUUAAAAAUUGCUCAACAUAGACCAGAGCUUGGUAAACAACAAUUAGUGGAUUUAAUGAUUAGACCGGUACAACGUUUACCAAGUAUUUUAUUAUUAUUGGAAAGAGUAUUGAAAUAUACACCAUCUUCUCAUGUUGAUCAUGAACCAUUAAAUAAAGCAAUUGAUAUAGUGAAAAAUAUUGCUAGAAAACUAAAUGAAGAAAGAGGAAAAACAGAAAAUCAAGUAACAAUGUUUACGAUUGUAAAUAAUAUUGAUAAUUGUCCAAUUACUAAAGUGCGAAACAACUCAUGGAAAGCAAUUAAACUUACAACAGCAACACCGCCAAAUCGCACCGGUACAAUACGAACACUAACUAAAACAGCAAAAGCAUAUAAACAUGUUGUACUAGUACGAUUGAAUACUGUUAAAACUUUAUUCAAUAUUACGUCAUCAUUAAUUGACAAUGAAAUUAAUGAUCAGUUGGGAAUGGUAUGCUCGAUUGAUGGACUUGAACGCCAUCUCUUAUUUACAACACGUAUCGGUGAUACUUUACCGCUAGUCACAAAAAAUGAUAUUUUACAAACAUUAGCAAAAACAAUAUCCGAAGAAAAAUGUCUAACAAACACAACAACAUUGAUUCAAACAAUUGAUUCAAGCGAAUUAUUUUUUUCCUCAUCUAUUUUAACAGCAUCUACUACUUCACUAUCAUCAUUAGAAUAUUCCUCGUCCAUUAACAGUAACAUAACAUCAAUAUCGUCACGUAGUUCAAAUGUAUUAACCAGUGUUAUGAAAAGAUGUGCACACAAAGUAAAUAAACGAUUGAGUCGUGCACUUUCGUUUAGUCCAUCGUCAUCAACAAGCCGAAUGAAGAAAAGUGUUACGCAAAUGUUAUCAAGUCCAUUUAAACCGUCAAAUAUUAAUUUUGAUUCGAUGAAACGUUUAAGUAUACCCUAUACAGAGGAUUCAUGUUAUCCUUCGGAUAAAACAGAUGAACGAAUGGAUUAUCAGGAACGAGACGCAACGUCUACCCCAUUAGUUAUGCAAUCGAUCAAAGAGAACUGUGAAUGA